GUGAUUUCUUGUAAGUUUGGGCAAGAGAAAUGAAACAGAAACCAUUCUGAGCUCAGAAUCAUCGGACAAGUUCUCAAGAUGUUUGGUGUGAAUUCAGAGCAAGACGAAAUGAUGCCACCAAGAUUUCUGUCCAUGAGAAGCAACUCAUCCAAAGUUGAUCCUUUAAACUUCUCAGAUGAUCCCGGAUUACUGCAAAAAAGGUGAAAGAGUGAAAAUAAGCAGAUAAAGCAGGAAGUGGAGGGUUUUCUAAGUUUAGCAGCCACUAAAAUAAAACAUGCAGGAGAGGCUGUCAUUGAUGUCAGCAUGGAUUAAAUCUAUGUAACUUAAUACCUACUGAACAAAAUUGUUCUAUUUAUCAAUAAUAUAUGAGAAAGCUCUGUGAGUCGACUUACUGCAAAGUCAGGCUGAAAAGAUGUCAGGAAAUCAAUCCCAAAAUACAGAAAAGGGGAAAAAAACAAAAGAAAAAUAAAUCUGAGAACCGACAAGCAAAACUCAACGAAUUGAGCUGAUUUCUGAGGUACAUGGAUUAGACAAAUACCUGCAUGUCUCACUGUCUUCUAAGAGCCCCAUAUGCACUGACACCUGGUUUUAAAGCUCUUCAAUGUUUCCAGCCAGCAGGUUAGAAGGACCAGUUUUAUCCAUCCCUGCAGAGGCUGACGCUAAAGCUUGGCUCUCAGAACUAUGAAAGCUGGGAGACUCAGUUCAGUCAGUCUGCUCUAAGAGGAUGCAACCAUAUUUUAAUAUUAAACAUUAAAAUCUGAACAAACUCUGGUGGGGUAGGCCGGUUAGGGUAGAUUAGGGUAGCUAAUGCCCCCAGGCAUCUCUGUGGAUGAGACCCAGAAGAGGUUUCUGUUGGAAAUGCUGACACUUCACCAACUUCCUGGAUUAUCCAAGAUGUUGGUCAGUAGAUACUGACCAACAGAUUAUGUACUGAUUACUGAGACGAAAAGUACAUUUAUGUGCAGAAAAACAGUCCUGGGAUUUUGGUCGUGAAAUGUUGAAGUGUUCAAUUUCUACAAACUAUGGAAACCAUCAGCAACACAUCAGCUCACACUGGGACCAGUCUGCCCCAUUUGGACAGCCUCCCAGUUCCCAGUGUGGAAAAAGACCUGAAAUUGGAAUUGCACUUCAAAUAGCCAAUGAGAACUGCCUUCUUCAAGCAGAUGUUGUUCUGCAGCAGGUUCUUCAGGAACAUAAGAUCAGUCUGAGGAGGAGAUGUGAAUGUGUGGCUGAAGGAAGUGAUGAAACAGGAAGUAGAACCCUCCUCAACAGGAUCUACACUGAUCUCUACAUCACAGAGGGACAAAGUGAAGAGGUUAAUACCCAGCAUGAGGUGAAGCAGCUGGAGAGAGCUGCCAGGAUCCAGAACCUCCAUGACUCUCCAAUCAGGUGCCAUGACAUCUUUAAAACCUUCCCUGACCAACAUGGAGCCAUCAGAGUGGUUCUGACCAACGGCGUCGCUGGUGUUGGAAAAACCUUCUCAGUGCAGAAGUUCACUCUGGACUGGGCAGAGGGCUUGGAGAACCAAGAUGUCAGUGUGGUGGUUCUGCUUUCGUUCAGGGAGCUGAACUUGAUCAGAGAUCAGCAGCACAGUCUUCUCUCCCUGCUCCAUGUUUUCCAUCCAACACUCCAGAAGCUCCCAGCAGAGCAGCUGGCUGGCUGCAAACUCCUCUUCAUCUUUGAUGGCCUGGAUGAAAGCAGACUUUCACUGGACUUCAGCAGCAGUCAGCUGGUUUCUGACGUCACACAGAAAUCAUCAGUCAACGUUCUGCUGACAAACCUCAUCAAGGGGAACCUGCUUCCCUCGGCUCUCAUCUGGAUAACUUCCAGACCUGCAGCGGCCAAUCAGAUCCCUCCUUCAUGUGUUACCAGGGCGACAGAGGUACGAGGCUUCAGCGACACCCAGAAGGAGGAGUACUUCAGGAAGAGGUUCAGUGAUGAAGAGCUGUCCAGCAGAAUCAUCUCCCACAUCAAGACCUCCAGGAGCCUCCACAUCAUGUGUGGAAUCCCAGUCUUCUGCUGGAUCACUGCUACAGUUCUGGAGAACAUGGUGACCUCAGAGCAGAGAGGAGAGCUGCCCAAGACCAUGACUGACAUGUACUCACACUUCCUGCUGGUCCAGACAAAGAGGAAGAACAACAAGUACCAUGGAGGACAUGAGACAAGUCCACAGGAGCUGAUGGAGGCUGACAGGGAAGUUCUUCUGAAGCUGGGGAGGCUGGCGUUUGAACAUCUGGAGAAAGGAAACAUUAUGUUCUACCAAGAAGACCUGGAGCAGUGUGGUCUGGAUGUCACAGAGGCCUCAGUGUACUCAGGAGUUUGUACAGAGAUCUUCAAAAGAGAGAAUCUGAUCUUCCAGAAACCAGUCUACUGCUUUGUUCAUCUGAGCAUCCAGGAGUUUCUGGCUGCAGUCUACAUGUUCCACUGCUUCACCAGCAGCAACUCAGAGGUGAUGGAGAAGUUCCUGGAUGGCAUCAAAAAAGGAAAACCCAGCGACUCAGAUCCAUCAUCAAGUUCUAGAAUCAGUGAUCGUCCUGGUCAGUCUAUGGAUCUAUUUCUGGAUCAAGUUCUGAGGAGAUCUCUAAAAUUCAUGAAUGGCCACAUGAAUUUGUUUGUUCGUUUCCUUCAUGGCUUCGCUUUGCCCUGUAACCGGAGACUUGUGGCAGGUUUGCUGCCUCAGACCGACACCAGUCCAGAUGUCAUACAGAGAAUCAUCAACAACUUGAAGAAGACAAGCUCUGGAGAAAUUUCUCCUGACAGAGGCAUCAACAUCUUUUACUGUCUGGUGGAAAUGCAGGACCAUUCAGUUUAUCAGGAGAUCCAAGAGUUCCUGAAGUCAAAGAACAAAUCAAAGUGUGAACUUUCUGAGAUCCAUUGCUCAGCUCUGGCCUCCAUUCUGCAGAUGUCAGAAGAGGUUCUAGAUGAAAUGGAGCUAGUGAGGUACAACGCGUCCAAGGAAGGACGGCGCAGACUCAUCCCAGCUGUGAGGAACUGCAGGAAGUUUGUGUGAGU